AUGAAUACUUUUAACCCAGCCACGGUUACCAGAGGUUUCGCUUUGAAGCUUAAAGAUGAUCUCGCUGCCGACUCUAGUCCCAGGAAAGAGCAUGAGCUUGAAUACGCGCUUGUAGAGGAGCAACAACGAAGGGAUGAUCGAAACAAUGACCGACGCUGGGGACGUUGUGCAAACGAUGAGGAAGAGCUCCGCGAUCUCGACCAGAAGCUUAGAGAGCUUGUUGCCCUGGUCAAACAGUUCGAGACUUUUGUUCCAAAAGAUCUCAUCGUAACCAGCUCACACGCGCCAUCGUUGAAGGACUUCUCCCACAUUUUAGAGACUGUAAAAUCCAAGUGGGAGGCCCGAUCGCGAUCCAACAAAUUCGCCAAAGCACGUGAAUAUCUGCGAAAAGUCGGGUCCACCAUAGACAAUCAUUCGAACGCCUUGAAAAUAUUGCCAUCCAGCAACGACUACGCAUCAAUAUUUUGUGGGGCUCUCACUGUGGUCAUAAAGGCAUCGUCCAAUCACGAACGGAUAUCAGAGUGCUUCUGUCGCGCUGUGGCCGAGAUAAACGAUUCGGUCACCACUGUGCAUGAAGAGGUCUGGGCUUACAGAGAUGAAGUCGCCAUCCAGCAGCUCGUAGUGCGGAUCUACUGUCAGAUCUUCCGAUUCCUGAUCAACGUCAUGAAAUGGUACACGGAUAAGUGGCACAAGAGGAUGCUGACGAGCCUCAACGAGAGCAUCUACGAGGCGUAUAAGGUGCAGAUUGACGACAUCAGGAAACUCUCGGAAUUGAUUCACAGAAAGGCCAUGACCAGGAGACUUGAGGGGAUACAGGCCUCGACACUAAUUCGUGAGAACGAACUUACCAGAUUCUUGGCAGAUCUUCACGACCGCGACCGGAAUGCGGACGAAAUGCGGCAGGAGGGCUAUUUCGAGAGACUGAGAAUUGUUGUUCAGAACGAGUUCAGGGACACGAUGGAGAGGAAUAUGGGCAAUAUCCAGCAGGGUAUUGCUGACCGAUUGCUCGCCAACGUCUCUCGCCAAAUUGCUGGAGAAACGGCUUUGCGGUAUCUUGAGCAAAAAGCGCAGGAUCUGACUCCAAUAGUGCGCCUAUCAACCCAAAGCACGGGAGCAGAAACAACCGCCGGACUUGACGUCGGCCCCAUCGGAACUGCCGCCAUCUGCGCUCCUCCAGCUCUCCCACACCACACAAGCAAAGACAAAAUCCAACUCGCCUCUGCACGCCUGGAAAGCUUCUACGACCGCCACAACAUAUCCCCACAUUUCGAAACCCCGGACGCGCUGUUCCUCACCAACCCCAGCGUCGCCGCCCGCAUCCAAGCGUUCACGCUAUCCUCCACGUCCGAGGUCCUUCACGUCUGCGGCCCGAUGGAACAAUGCGAGGAAACGCACUCCGCGCUGCUGGCCACCAGGUUCGCCUCCUCAGUCCGCGACAGCAAAGUCCCGACGCUGUCGUACUUCUGCCAGCUUUCCCGCGCGCCCGUGCCGGAAUGGCGCACCAGGGAAACGGUCGAGCUGGCGCGGCUAGCUUAUGCGCUUAUACGGCAGCUCGUGGAGGUCUUGCCAGAUGGGAAGGAGUUUGAUGAGGAGAGGCUGGGCGAUGCCGCGUUUAAGGCGUUGGAUGGGUCCCUGGCGACUUGGGGUGAGGCGAUGGAGGUGCUGCGUGAGUUGCUGGGGGAGGUGGUGGAGCAUCAGCCGCUGCUUUAUAUUGUGAUCGAUGGCAUUAGCCUGCUGGAUGACGUCUCGCGACACAGUACGGAUAAGCCGUUGGGCGAGCUUGUUCGGCUGCUUUGCGGACGGGCGGAAGGACAGGGCGGGCAUUUGGUGAAGCUUCUGUUCACUACGGCUGGCGAGUCUAGGGCGCUUAAUGCAGAGUUGGAGGGCAAUUGUACGGUGAAGGCUAGUAUCUGA